AUCCGCAGUUCACACAGAUGAUUUUCAUUUGUUCACAGCGGCAUUUGAUUAUAUAUCUUGAAAUCCAUCGGGGAACCUUGGAAUAUAUUCUUUUCCUACUCUCAAAGUCUGAACGCUGGAAAUGCUAGAAGCUGGCUCAUCAAAAAGAAAAAAAUAAACCUUAACUAUCGGCGAAUGGCGGAAAUUCUUAAGUGAUAUCUUAAGGGCAGCACCGACAAAAAAUUUAUAUUGUAUACGAAAUAAACCUUUUUAUACCACAAUCUUCGUGUCCAGCGGAAAUAGUUCUAAAUGUGAAAAGCCUGGUAACUAGUUAGAUUUCAACAUGGCGGGCAGAAAUGUCUCGUAUUUGAAGCCUAAAACACCUUCUUUCAUAGCGCAGUUCAAGGAGAAAGUGGGAUAUAAAGAACCAGAUACAGUUGAAACAAAAUUCGAAAAGCCUAAUUCGUCCAAGUUAGAUGACAGGGAACUUGAAGACGAGAAUCCAACCGUAGUUUUGGGAUCCAAUGUAACCCAGGCCGAAGCAAAUGUUUACCUCUCGCGUUUAAAGGCGGAAGAAGAAGCCGAAAAGACAGAAAAGAAAAUAAAUAUUGGUGAAGGAGACGAUACCAGUAAAGAUGACGGGAAAAUCGUUUUUAAAAAGCCAGGAAAGAGGAAAUCAAAGGACAGCGAGAGGCAGUUGAAAUACAAAGCAGAUAAUGGAAAGAAAGCAAAACCUAACAGUACUAUGAAAAGUGUGAAAAACAAGACGCUUCUAUCGUUUGAUGAGGAAGAGGAUGAAGACUGAAAAGUUACUUAAUAAGGGUUGUUGGGGUGGAAGACCAUUAUGAACAUCUCGUUUUAGGAUGAAACUUCCAAGAAGAAAAAAGCCGGCAAAUUUGUUGGAUACGUUUGGAGCUUUGGUGGUAGCAGAAGUAAUUAGACAGAGUCUCAAUACUCAGUGGUAGAGCAUCGUAGAGUAGAAUCUGAAGGUCUAAGGUUCGAUACCUCAUGGAGACUCAUUUACAUUAUGGCUAAUGUAAAUGGAAGUCAAAAGAAGAAAAACCAUACGAAUAAUCCUUGAAAGAGUACUUGAUGCAAUGAAAACAAUCACCAUGCUAAAUGAAUUAGACAGAGUCUCAAGACUCAGUGGUAGAGCAUCGAAGAGCAGAAUCUGAAGGCCUAAGGUUCUAAGAUUCCUCAUGGGGACUCAAAAAUUUUUUCUUUACUCCACGCUCGUAACAAGACGCAAAACAUCUUUCUCUAUUUCCUUACCGCGCUUAAAAAACUUUCUUAUUCUAUUUACAACAGCUUUCCGUGUUACGAAAAGGCUGUCAGAGAGGUUAAACCUACGGCGAAUAAUAGUUAAUUAGUAUAAUUGCUCAGGUGCUUUCGAAAUUUCCUGUAAAUAAAAAGAGCAGAGACUGCG